AUGCUUGACCAAAAACUGCUUUUGCGGGCUUGCAUGUGGUACGACUUCAAGCAAGGAAAAUCGGCUGCUGAAUCUCAUCGUACCAUCUUUGAAGUAUUCGGUGAUGACGUCCUGUCAGAAAGCCGGUGUCGACGGUGGUUCCAGCGCUUGAAAAAAGGUAAUGAAAGCUUGGAAGACGAAACAUGGGAGUCGCAAGUGUUGAAGGACGUCAUUAUUUCGGAUCCACACCAAACUACCCGAGAACUGGCAGUACGCUUUGGCUGCUCAAACUCUACCAUCCAUGAGCAUUUGUGGCGAUUGGUAAGACAAACAGGUGCGGAAAAUGGGCACCGCACCAGCUGA